UUUGUAUGUCGUAUAUAAUGAUCAGUAAAUAAAAACGAGACUUCGUAAUAUGAAAGAUUUGUAGUUAUAGUACAGUUAAAAUUAUGCAAUGUAAUCGUACGUAAAGGAGGUUUUGCAUUAGUAGGGGUAAUAUGCAAUGCGUUUUCGCAUAACUAAGUCCAAUCGUAUGUUUGUAGCUAAGCUAUAACGUUAAGUGAUCAAUGGAACAUCGCACAUCGCGCUCGCGCCGUCAUACGUUUCUGUGCUCGAGUAGAAUUGCUUCGUUUUUCUUUCGAAUAUUUAUUAAUACGAUAAUGAAAAAAUAGUACAAUUAAUGAAGUAUAGUACGAGAAUAAAUAGAAAAUGACGAGCUUCAUUUUCUUUUUGUCUAUUCUUGUGUUUUAAUAUCGAUUUUAUGGUAUAAUUAAUUUGUGUAAUGGACCUGCCUGUCAUAUAGACACAAUCAUUUAAACGAAAGUUUGUAUUAUAGAUUAAUCAUGAGUUCACAACCAAUAGUAGUACCUGGUGGAGAUCAGCGAAUACAAUCAGAUGCUCAUUCUGUACCUGCUGGAUGUGCUUCGGAUACAUUUAAAACUAUGACACCGCCUAAUGUUAGUCGGUCUCUGAGUAACCAACCUAAAUAUGUAGAACCAGUGGAUCAACAAGUUCGACCAAGCAGUGUCCAUGUACAACCAAUGCCCUUACCAAAACUUCCAUCAACUGAAUCACUUACAACAAGUGUAACUAUUACAACUGGCCCAGUUCCUGUAUCUCCAGGUUUAUCUAUGACUGGAGAGAACAAUCAAAAAACAGAUAAUACAUCAGAUAAGUCAAUGGAUUCCUGCAAGUUGACACGGAAAGAAUCGUAUAAAGCACAGAGAAAAAAUUAUAGAAUGGAAAAGAAACGAGUUGCAAAUGAACUUCUUAGUUCAUUUAAAGAUCCAACUGUUAUUGUAAUGAGUGAUUGGCUUAAAGUUAGAGGAACAUUGAAAAGCUGGACAAAAUUAUGGUGUAUCCUUAAACCUGGCUUGUUACUAUUAUAUAAAAGUCCAAAAAUAAAAAGUAAUCAUUGGGUUGGAACUGUUUUGCUGAAUACAUGUCAAGUAAUAGAAAGACCUAGCAAAAAGGAUGGAUUCUGUUUUAAACUUUUUCAUCCUUUAGAACAGUCUAUUUGGGCUCCUCGAGGACCAGAAAAUGAAGCAAUAGGAGCUGUGGUACAACCUUUACCAACUUCUUACUUAAUCUUCAGAGCACCAUCACAAGCUGCUGGUAAAUGCUGGUUGGAUGCACUUGAACUUUCUUUAAGAUGCUCUUCAUUAAUUGUACGUUCAACUAGUGCAUUGCCGCGUUCUUUGCAUCAUGAUGCGACGACUACUCAUGAAACUCAAUGGAGUGAAGCAGAUUAUGAAAAACAUUUUGAUGAACAUGAAUACAAGACCCAUGAGGUAGUAACGCUAGAACCUGUGUACGCCUCACAUACAGACCUGGAUGAUAUCAGCCAGCCAGAGAAUGGAGUCGCAGCCGAUGCCGAAAUCAGUGCUUCGGAUAGUGAAUCUGAGGGUUCUGCAAAAGAAGAACCAUUGGACACAAUUAAUGAAACUCCAUAUGUAUCUAAUGAAAGCGAAGUUCUUGGAUCAGCUGGAGAAGUAGUAACAGUACUGCAGGAAGAACAAAAAUCUUUAAUAUGGUUUUUAAUGAAACAAGCACGACCUGGAAUGGAUCUAUCUAAAGUAGUAUUACCUACUUUUAUAUUAGAACCUCGAUCUUUCUUAGAGAAAUUAGCUGACUCUUAUUAUCAUGCUGAUCUUUUAUCAGAAGCAGUAAUAGAAGAUGAUGCAUUUACACGUAUGAAAGCAGUUGUAAAAUGGUAUUUAUCUGGUUUUUAUAAAAAACCUCAGGGCCUGAAGAAACCAUACAAUCCACUUUUAGGUGAAACAUUUCGUUGUUAUUGGCAACAUCCUAAUGGUUCAAGAACAUUUUACUUGGCAGAACAAUUGUCUCAUCAUCCACCUAUAUCAGGAUUUUAUGUAACAAAUCGUCAAGAUGGAUAUACGAUUAGUGCUACAAUUAUUGCUAAAUCUAAAUUUUAUGGUAAUUCAACAUCAGCAAUUUUAGAUGGUGUUGCAAUAUUAACAAUGUUACCCAGAGGUGAAGAUUAUACAAUGACAAUUCCUUAUGCACAUUGUAAAGGUAUUCUUGUGGGAACAUUAUCUAUGGAACUUGGUGGAAAGAUAGAUAUUGAAUGUGAGAAAACUCGUUACCAUACUGAAUUAGAAUUUAAACUUAAGCCCUUUCUUGGAGGAGCAGAACAGAUGAAUCAAGUAGUAGGAAGAAUACGUUUAGGAAAAGAGACUCUUGCUACUAUUUCAGGGUAUUGGGAUGGACAAAUUAUGAUUACUGAUAAACGAACUGGACAAGAAAGUGUAUUUUUUAAUCCAACUUCAGAAAUACGUAAAAGAAGAUUGAAGAAAUAUACUGUGCCUCUAGAAUAUCAAGGUCCAUGGGAAAGUGAAAAAUUAUGGCUUGCUGUUACACAAGCGAUCAAUCGAGAUGAUCAAUUUGCUGCUACCGAAGCAAAAACGCAACUAGAGGAAGCUCAAAGAGAACGAGCGAAAGAACGUAAAAGUGUUGGUCAAGAAUGGGUUCCUAAAUAUUUCGUACAGGAUAUUAUAACAGGUAAUUGGGUUUAUAGACAUGCAGAUGCUCGGCCAUGGGAUCCUAGAAAUGAUGUAGUACAAUAUGAGCAUGAUUAUAUUAUACGCACAAAAACAAGACAUAAAACACCGAUAAUGCGUACUGGUAGUAUUGUUUCUACAGAUCCUCAAACGCAGAUGCCAUUACUUCAAGCUGAGUCUCGUUCAUCGUUAUCUGUAUUAAAAUCUUCAAAACGGCAAUUGUCAAAUAAUUUACCUCUUACAGAAACUGCACAUGAUUCAGGUAGUUCAUCUGCAGAGUUACAUUCAGACUCUAGUCAAUCAGUAGGAAAAAGGAGACGAGCAACAACAAGAUUAUUGGAUAUUACAAAAGACAUAGAAAAUCAAUUAUCAGAAUAUGGUGAAAAACUUAAUCGUAUUCAACAUUUAAUUGAACAACUUGCUAUAAGGCAAAGAGCACAAAUAGAACAACAUCAUAUAAAUGUUCUAAAAAGUUUUAUGGAUAUUAUUCUGGUUAUUGUAGUUGUUUUCCUGAUGCAGUACUUCAUGAAAGUAUGGAAUACAGGACUUAAUACAAGUUGAAAUAAUUUAUUAGUGUCCUAUAUAUUACAUAACUAUUUACACAUAAUAAAAUAAAAGAAUCAGCUUUUUAUUUUUCAGGUGUAUAAAUAUAUAUAUAUAUAUAUACAUAUGUAUAAAUAUAUAUAUAUAUAUAUAUAUACAUAUUCUUAAUUGAUCGUGAUAAUGCAGCAACAGUAAUAUUUUAUAACAUUAACUAUAUGAAAUUGUGAGUUAAAAAAACGUGUACAAUAUUUAUCUAAAAUUAUUUUCUUAUAGCAUCAAAGGUGUAUAAUUUAUGCCUAAAUUGUUGGAUUACCAAUCAAUAUGAGCUUAAUAUCUUGUAUAUAAUGGCUAUAUUGCAAUAUUAUAUAAGAUGUUAUAAAAAUCUGUUGAGUUACUAUAGUUUUUACUGCAACUACUCGAUAGUAAAACGCAUACAUAACGAAAUUAUUGCAGUACAGUUCUAAAAAAUUUGUAGAUUACAUACUUGAUGUCUAUAUAUUAUAUAAAGCUAUAAAAAUUAUAAAAGUUAAUUGUAAAUUAUAUUAUUAUCUAACUUGAUUCAUUGAUCUUUAUUGAAGUAUCUUAAUAUUAUAUAUCCAUUCUUUAAAUCGUAGAACUUCAUAUCAAUGAAUAACAGUGUUUUAAGAGUAAUUGCAUGUUAAAACUUGUACAUAAAUAAGAUGCACAUAAACAUUAUCUUCGCAUUUCAAUAAAUUGAUUUCAAUAAGUUGACUUCAAUUGAUUCGCGAUGUUUACAAAAUAUUUUUUAUAACAAAAUUUAUAUCUAUGCACACGCUUUUACGAACAUCGCAUUUUAUGAAUUGUCCAUAGAGCUUUCUUACAAUUUAUUUGCGACUGAUAAAAUGAAAAAAUGAGUCUUGAUCAAUUUUAUAAUUUAUAGUACAGUGCCUAAUAAUCUACUUGGUAUUUGUUAUUUAAUAUAAAAGCUGUAAAAAUAUAAUCAACAUGAUUCCUGAUGAUAGAAGGUUUCAACAAUAUUCCAAAAAAGCAUUAUUAUAGAAAUUUUAAAGUUGGUCCUAAUAUAUCAGUAUCAAUGUUAACAUAAUAUUUCCGUAUACUUGGAUUAUAUGAUAAGCAUAUUUUAUUCAUACUAUAUUUUAUUAAUACUAUUUUUGAUCAUAUGCCAAAAUUUAAUAUUUAAUAAUCCAAGUAUAAAAAUAUAACAAUUGACAAGAAUAGUUUAUUGAAAGAAAUCGUAUAUUUCCUAUAAUAUAGUUUCUAUAAUAAAACGUUCCUUAUAUAUUUUUGACAAAUCAUUAUUUAUUCAAAAUUACAGCAAUUAAUAAUAUUACUAUUAAAACUGAAAUAAUUUCUAUAUGGUAUUUAUCUGAAAGUUUAUGCUGCAUUCUUUUUUUGCACAAACAUAUUCACAUUAUACGUUUUUUCCUAAGAAAACACAUACUAUUUUAAACUUAAUAUAUGCUAUUGAGUGUUUCAUUUAAUUUAAGUUCAACAAAGGUAUAUAUGGUCGUAUAAUAUCCGUAAUAUUAAAAAAUUUUUUUUUAUUUAUAGAUUUUUUUUAAUAGAAUCAUCUAUUAAAUUUUAAUUGUUAUAGUUUAAUUAAGGUACAUGAAUGGAACAAAAAGGGAUAUGUGCAAUAGUUUUUAAAUUAAAAAAAUUAAUUUACCCCAUUCCUAUGAAAUACGCUUUUUAAAUGGUUAAAAUAUCAUUUAACUAUGAUAUAAAUAAAUAUAUUUUGAUUCUUUACUAAAAAAAAAAUUAAUAUUGUGUAUGUACCUGAAAUAUUUAUUUACAUUUUUAUUUUCAAUUUCAAUUAUGAUUUAUUAUUAAAAUGAAAAUAUGAAUAUCAUAAUUAUAACAAAAAAUUAUCUACUGUUACUGGAUUAUUUAUGCUUGUAUCGUAUACAUUAGUAAUAGUACCAUAAAUAUUAUAUAACUAUAAAUA